AAUUUUGAAAACAAAAAAAAAAAACUGUUUUCAGCUCACACAAAAACACAAACUCUCUCUCUCCUCUUUCUUCUCGAUUUCGAUGGCGUUUUCUCUACAGUGGUCACUCCCUGCAAUCUCUACAAUUCACUGCAAUUUCUCAUCUUCUUCUUAUUAUUCUUCAGUCACUUCAACUGCUCGCUUCGUAGCUCCAAUCAGGUCUGCUUGCAAUGGCCGGAAUUUUCGGUGCUCGGCAAUGGUCCAGCAGGCCGUUCAGGGCGCUCCCGCUGCCUACGCCAAGGAAAUGGAGCGACUCUCAGCUAAAGAAUCGCUUCUCCUUGCUUUUAAGGAUUCUGGGGGUUUUGAGGCCUUAGUGACUGGGAAGGCAACGGAUAUACAACAGAUUGAUGUGAAUGAGAGGAUAACUAGUCUUGAGCGGUUGAAUCCAACACCGAGGCCAACAACGUCUCCCUUUCUUGAAGGUCGAUGGAACAUUGAGUGGUUUGGGUCUGGUAGCCUGAUAUUAGUUGCUGCUAGAGCUAUAUUUGAGAGAUUUCCUUCAACACUGGCAAAUUUGUCAAAAAUGGAUAUUAUGAUUAAGGAUGGAAAUGGAAAAGUUACAGCUAACUUGAAACUGCUGAACUCGAUAGAAACUAAAAUUAUUUUCUCCAGCAAGCUGUCUGUUGAGGGACCACUUAGAAUAAAAGAAGACUAUGUUGAAGGGAUUUUUGAAUCACCAAGAGUAAUUGAAGAAGCAUUACCAGAACAGCUAAAAGGUGUAUUUAAUCAGGCAUUUAGCACAAUUCAGCAGCUUCCUGGAAGUAUUAGAGAUGUGGUGGACAGAGGGCUGAGGGUUCCUCUUAGUGGAUCUUUUCAGAGGCUGUUCAUGAUUUCUUAUCUUGAUGAAGAGAUACUUAUUGUAAGAGAUACUGGUGGAAUACCUGAAGUUCUUACAAGGUUGGACACUCCUACAUCUCCAUUGGCAGACCCAAUUACCACUGACUAUGAGAGCUAGGGAUUCUCUCGUAUGUAUGUAAACUCGAUUGUUUUUGUUAAAACUCGGAUACAAACUCUAUAUGAUAUUGAAUAUUGAAAAUCAAAUUCAUAAUGCAUAGUCUAGUCCUUCAUAUUAUUUCAGCUCA